CGUGCAUUUGUACCAACCUCAGCAGCCUUGCCCCACCACCACCCGCCUGAAGAAGUCAACCCUCCACGUUGCACCUCAAUCUGGACCACCGAGACCCAAAUUCUCUGUCCCCAAGAUACAAGUCCUGCCAGUUCCUCUGGAGAGCUUGCAGCUGCAUCUUUGCUGCCUUAAUUCCAGUCAGGAGCGUGGCACCACCCCGCCUCACUUUACCUAGGACUCCGCACACGUACCGCCCAGCAGGAAACCUUCCACCGCCACGAUGCCUAGGAAGGCGUACAUUGCGGACCUCCAGCAGGCCGUCGGAGGACUUUCUAUCGUUGGUAUCAGCGAUGUCCAGGUUGGCGGCGACGAUGGGGAGUUCACGUUCCGCGUCAAGAACGCAGCCAAUGGCAACACCAUGGAGCUUUCUGCACUAAUCCCGGAGCUAUCUGAGUACCCGUCAAGUCACACCUGCAUGCUAUUUGCCUCCGAUAAUGUUCCAAAUAAGGUUGCCCAGGCUCUCCCGGAUAUUGCAGAUGCAGCCACAGGCAAGACUAUUGUCCAGCUCCUCGAAUUGGUUGCUCGGAAGCUGGAGUCCACAGACCGCGAUGGCGAUACACAGAUGAUGGAUUCUCAACAAGCUUAUGGGUCUGAUUACGAGGACGACGACGAAGAGGACUACUCCGGGGACGAGUAUUUCCCCGACGACGAGGUUGUCCCUAAAGCACAAUAUUCCAAAUCAGAGGCUGCUGACCCGUCGUCCUACGCGCAGCCAACGUCACAGUUCCGGCAUCGCAUCCGAGCAGAUCUGCUAUCAGCCAAAUCGACUGGUUUCAAGGUCGGACAUCUCGGGUCUCUGAUGGAUGGGCUAGGCUGCUAUGUCACCAUCUCGUGUCGAAUCGCCAAACUGGGCAUCUCCGAAGAGGCCAUGCAAGCAUGGCAGAUCGAGCCAACUGAGUACCUGGUCUUGAUCCUCUACUACCCUAACGGAUACAAGAGCGUAGAGUCCCUGAGGAGCUAUGAUGCUGCCACGGCCCGUCGGCAUAUCAGCAUGAGGAUCGGGAUCAGCAAUUCCUACAAGCCCACGAUGCAGGAGGCCGUUCGGGCGUUCACUGUGUUGUCCAAGGACGAGGAGAAGCGUCGCGAAGCAGCGCAAGGAGACUCCCAAUCACAAGAUCCGUCGGCCGGGCGAGGCUUCCGAAACUCUUUCAUCUCUCGUCCCCUAAAUGAGCUCCUCAACGAGCGGCUCGUCACACUUAUUGAGUACCGAUAUAUGGGUAUGCCAUGGUCUGGAGCGGAACAGUACUACACCGACCACCUCGGGACAAAUAUUGAGAAUUCCGACAUGAUGAACGACAAAUACAUGGAGCUAGAACAGGUUGCUACCGCAUACCCGGCACUCGUCACAGGGGACCAUGUUCAGGAGGCUGCCUCAGACCAGGUUACGUCGCUCCCACUUAUCGCCAUGCAAUUUGUUCUUCGGCACUUCGUGCGUUGUACCGAGUUUUGUCUUGUUUGCUUCGGCAAGAUGGCGGACGACCUCGAGGCCAUCAAGCCGUACGUUUGCGACAAGCCUCUUUGCUUAUACCAAUACAUGUCCCUUGGCUUUGGUCCCAGCAUAGAGCAUGAAAUAAUUGCACAACCAAAGGUGGUGGACCUGCUCAUUAGCUUCUGCUAUGCCAGUGCCAGACAAGGCGGUCUGAAGGACUUCCCAACUGGUCUGAGCUUGAUGGUUCCCCCUGCGAGCGCACUCGAAAAUCUGGACCUCAACACGUCUGUGAGCAACUACCCCGGAUAUAUGCCGGCUUACAACACCCCUCUGCAGGCACCGCCCUCUCCAGCCAAAAGUACCACGGCAGCCACUUUGCCUGGCAAGAUGCGUUUCGACACGUCGAAGCUUGAAAUGAUCUUCGACAAUCCAAACGAGCCGUGCCCAUUCAGGAGUGGAGAGUGGAUCAUUAUCCGCACCGUCGAUAAUCCAACCCGCUCACUUCAUUGCCGCAUCGUAGAGACUACCUUCUUCCCCACAGUAAAGGUGUCGGAGCCGGUCAUUCCAGCGAGCUCUCUACCUGAUAACUCACAUGGGGCGAACUAUGCUGCUCCAAACUACGUUGCUCCAACCUAUCCUAAGGCGCCUGUUGGUAAUGUCCCUUCAAACUUUACUCCAGCCACGUACUUUGCCUACAACCAGAAUUUCGACGAGCUGCACGAGUUCUACAAACGACAGGCUAUCUAUUCUCUCUUGGAUUGCCUACCAAGUGUGGCCGACAUGAGACUUUAUCUUUUGCGAAAGGCACAGUCAGGUCUGAACACCUGGGUCGACCGUAUAUCUCCGGCCGCCUUGGGCAUUCUGCGGUGGAUCAUUGCGUCGAACCGAGCUUGUAUCAUGCAAGUUGAUCAUUCGACCGAUCCGAAGGGCAAGAAAGGCGAAGAGCGGCUAUACGGAAUGACUGGAUAUACGCAGUUUCGAUUUGCUAUGGGAGCGCCUGACAAGGAGCGGCGCUUCAUCACUGCUGUCCGGAGCACUUCAGAUCGUCUGAAGCUGAAAUAUCCCACAUUCUUUGCCUGGCAUGGCAGCCCUCUCCAGAAUUGGCACAGCAUCAUCCGAGAGGGUCUGCACUUCAACCAUACCGCACAUGGUAGGGCUUACGGCCAUGGGGUCUACCACUCUCUUGAUUACAACACGAGCAUGGGAUACUGCGGUUACGGGUAUACUCCAGCAUCGGCCUGGCCUCCGAGCGAGCUUAAAGUUAGCUCUGCCAUUGCUUUGAACGAGAUUGUCAACGCCCCCAAGGAGUUCGUCAGUUCAAACCCACAUAUGGUGGUCGCUCAGCUAGACUGGAUCCAAACUCGAUACCUUUUUGUCAAGGGCUCCCAGCCCGAUGUCAAUACAGUGCAGGAUACGAGACCACUUCAGGUUCACGAGCAAGAUCCGAAUGCGACACCACGUGGUCCCACCGAUAAGAUCAUCAUCCCGAUCACUGCCGUAUCAAAUUCCCGCCGCCCCCGUUCCGUAUCAAUCAAAACUACUAGCAAGCGCAUCAAGGCAUCUGGGAAGAAUAUAUCCGACCCAAUUGUCUUGGAUGACGAUUUCGAUGAUUCGGCAAGUGUUGCUACGUUGGAAGAAGAUCUCGCUAUUCUAUGCGACGACGACCUGCCCGUACAGGAGAAUGAACCUGAGGCACAACCUUAUGUCGGUAAAGGAAAGGGCAAAGCAACUUCGUUCUUCUCCAAACUUGUUGGCUCGUCUAAAGACUCCAAGCCGACGAAACCCAUGAUGGAUUUCGUUCCUGGCAGCCUUGAUGCCUCGAAGUUACCCAUGCUUGAACCACCAGCUUGGGCCACAUCGCCCGCAACUAAGCGACUUCAACAAGACUUCAAGGCGCUCCUCAAAGUGCAAGACACUGAGCCUCUGCAUGAACUAGGCUGGUACAUCGAUCCAGAUUUGAUCACGAACAUGUAUCAAUGGAUCGUUGAGCUGCAUUCUUUUGAUCCGACUCUUCCUCUCGCAAAGGACAUGAAGUCAAAGGGCAUCAAGAGCAUUGUUAUGGAGUUGCGAUUUGGAAAAGACUAUCCGAUGAGCCCGCCGUUUGUGCGAGUCAUUCGCCCACGCUUUUUGGGUUUCCAGGCAGGUGGCGGUGGACAUGUCACUAUUGGAGGCGCUUUGUGCAUGGAGCUUCUGACCAACAACGGCUGGAGCGCCGUCUCUUCCAUCGAAUCCGUUCUUCUCCAAGUCCGCAUGGCCAUGUCCAGCCUAGACCCCAAGCCAGCUCGUCUUGAGAACGGCGCGAUGCGUGAUUACGGCGUCGGCGAGGCUGUCGAAGCGUACGUCCGUUCCUGCAAUACGCAUGGAUGGACGGUCCCAGAAGGCUUCAGAGAGAUGGCAUAUGGUGGCCAGCCUAGCACGAGCGGAUGGUAAUGCGAGACUGGAAAUGGCAUUUCCAGAACCUAUUAGCAUGACCUACUAACAUCGGUAUUGCCUCAUAGGACUAUUGUCGAUGAUACGCCCUCCGAACCCUCUACUCUUGUUCACUUCAGGAGGAAUCUGGCUAGUAGACAUCUGCUUUCAUUGUCUUUCCUUUACUCUCAUUGCAUGAACACAUCACGACGGAUCAUGGAUAUGGCGAAUAGAAGCAAUUUCCU